GAGAAAGAGAGAGGCAUAGGAUGAAUUUGGACGGUUUAAAAUAAGAAGUCGUGUCGAGUUGUUAGGCCAUGGGUUAAGGUUUCAAAAAAGAAGGAGAAGAGCGGGUUGUUGUUAAGUAGGUUGUGGUUGUAUUUGUGUAUUGUGUACCCAAUUGUGUGUCGAAAGAAAAUGCGUAGAAGAAGUUUGUUUCCUCGAGUAAUGAUCGAUAAAGACACGGAGUCGGAGAAAAGUUCUUCUGAUGAAGAAGAAGAAGAUGCUAAUGUAGUUUCACCUGAAGAGGAGAGAAUACAAAAAGGGAAAACACCCAUCACUGUUACUCUCAAGAAAGUUUGCAAAGUUUGCAAGAGAAGUGGUCAUGAAGCAGGUUUCAGAGGUGCAACUUAUAUUGAUUGCCCUAUGAAACCAUGUUUUCUAUGCAAAUUGCCUGGUCACACCACAGUCACUUGCCCCCACCGAGUAGCUACAGAAUAUGGGAUGCACCCAGCGCCUCACAAGAACACAACUAAUCCUUUGGAAUUUGUUUUCCAACGCCAGCUUCACCCCCGCCUUCCUCCAAUCAAGCCAGCACAUGUGAUCCCAGAUCAAGUCUCCUGUGCAGUAAUCAGGUACCACAGUAGGCGAAUCACGUGCUUGGAGUUCCAUCCUACAAACAACAAUAUUCUUUUAUCUGGUGAUAAGAAAGGCCAACUUGGCAUCUGGGAUUUUGGGAAAGUGCAUGAAAAGACUGUAUAUGGGAACAUACACAAUUGUAUACUUAACAACAUGAAGUUCAACCCGACAAAUGAUGGAUCCAUAUAUGCUGCUUCAUCUGACGGAACAAUCAGUUGUACGGACCUAGAGACUGGGAUUUCAUUGUCGCUAAUGAACCUUAAUCCAAAUGGGUGGGAGGGACCAAGCAGUUGGAGGAUGCUUUAUGGGUUGGAUGUCAACUCAGAAAGAAAUGUGGUCCUUGUUGCUGAUAAUUUUGGAUAUAUUUACAUGGCUGAUAUACGGAGCAAUAACAAAAUGAGCAAACCUACUUUGAUUCACAAGAAAGGAACUAAAGUUGUUGGUCUAAACUGCAAUCCUCUUCAACCAGAUCUGCUUUUAAGUUGUGGGAAUGAUCACUUCGCUCGAAUAUGGGAUAUGCGCCUCUUGGAAGCUGGGUCUUCUCUAUAUAAUCUUGAACAUAAACGUGUUGUUAGUUCUGCAUAUUUUUCACCACUAAGUGGAAGCAAAAUACUUACUACUUCACUGGACAAUCGGAUUCGUGUGUGGGAUUCAAUCUUUGGCAACCUUGAUAAUCCAAGCCGAGAAAUUGUUCAUAGUCACGAUUUUAACAGAUAUCUUACAGCAUUCCGAGCAGAAUGGGAUGCAAAGGACUCAUCAGAGUCUCUUGUUGUCAUUGGGCGUUACAUUAGUGAAAACUAUGAUGGAGCUGCUUUGCAUCCCAUUGACUUUAUCAACAUCAGAACUGGGCAGUUGGUUGCAGAGGUCAUGGACCCCAACAUAACAACUAUUAGUUCGGUGAACAAGCUACAUCCACGUGAAGAUAUUCUGGCGUCUGGUAGUUCAAGGUCUCUUUUCAUUUGGAGGCCUAAUAAGCUGGACAUUGCACUGCCAAGAGAAGAAAAGAGGAUGGUAUUAUGUGGGGAGUUGAGUAAAAAACGUAACAAGAAGCAUGGUGAUGACAGCGAUGAUGAUUCUGAGAAUGAUAUCUUCAUAAGCAAGGAUAUUAGAUUCAAGCAGAAGAAACAUGCAUCCAAAUCAUCUCCAUAUAAAUCCAGGAGAAGUUAACUUUAAGGGUGUGUUUAGGAUGGAAUAUGUUUGUAUGACAAAUGUUUUUUUUAUUUUUAUUUUAAAAAGUAUUGUCUAGAAAAGUAAGUGGGCUUCUUGGGUUUUCUUUUUAGUGUGUGCGCAUUUGGUAUAUAUGCAAAAAGAAUUGGGGAACUCAA